CAUAAAUUUGUUGCUGCUCGGGGAGACAGAGGGGAACAUUGCUGUUUAAUUUUCGCAACAGUUCUUGAUGACGAGUUUUAAAAUUUCCGAAAUGGAGACUAGAGGGACAACGGCGAGGACAGGAAAAAUACCUCACAGAAACGGUAAAAUAACAAGUGAAACGCUCAAUUUUCGAAAAGUGGCCAGACAGGUCAUGCUGGCAAACAUGUUUACGAAAAGGCCGCUGCAGCAACCAAACGUGAAGAAAAAUUCGACCUACAAAAGCACAGCCGUCGACCAUCAUGGGCUUAAGCCAAAGAGGGAACGAAAACACAAUAAUUCUGCGAUGGAAAAGCCAUCAUUACAUCGGAAAGGAACUCCAGAGCUGUUCCCAAUGUCGGAGGAAAUGAAACAGACUAUGAUUUCACUUGGCAGGCUUGAUCUUUUGCCAGAAGAAAGGAAGGCGCGGGGGCGUUCUUUCGCCGAGGAAGUGAAAGUACAAAAAUCGCAAUCAAACGGUACAUUUCGCGAGAAAACAAGACGAAGGAUAAUUCAUCCCCAGAGGUUUAUCCGCAACGUACAAUCUUCUAUUAACAACGCGAAACGAAUUCUCGAAGACAGCGAAGAGACUGAAAAUGAAGAAAUUUCGACGGAAAAUGGUACGACGAAAACUACAUCUGAAGAUGUCACAAACGGCAUCAAUUCUGCAGAUGAAAGUGAUGCUAAAUUGAACAGAAUAAAAACAAACAACAACAUUGUUCCAACACUGCAAACAAGUACGUACUGUAGCACAAAAUCCGCUAGAAAUCAACGUUGUUCUUCAUCUAACAAGCGACCUUCUUACUUAUCAAGAUUCAGUGACAUUGGACCGCUUUCCGCUACCCAACCCAGAAUUACUCAACUACGAACAUGGCCAACACGAGCACACGACACAACUCGUAUGUGGACGCGUACAAAUUAUUUCCCUAAAAUUUCGAGAAGGUACACAUUUUCAGGGAAAGAGUGGGCAAACUACAGCAAAUCAGCAGAAAUCGAAGAAAAAAAUAAUGACGAACUCUUGAGAACCAGGCAAUGGAAAAGUGUGGAGAACCUCACACGAGAAAUCGAAGACAAAUGCCUUACAUGGCUUGAAAACCGCUACGGUUUACCUUAGUAUUAAACAUCAAAGAUGAUAAAGCACCUAAUUUUUCCCAGGAACGAACAUCUCACUAAACAAAGUUUACAACUUGAAUUUGGCUUAUGUUAAAUCUACAAAUUUCUUCUGGAAAAAAUCAUCUUUAUUAUGAAGAAAUGCUAAUUUCCCCUUGAAAAUCCCUGAGUUUUAUUCAAAAAACUAAGUUUAAUUUCUGAACGUCAUAAAUUGAAUCAUAACCAGGAAAUGUCGCAAUUCACUUGAGAAAAAAAUACAAGUGAAAACCAAUUUCCAUUUCACAAAGACAAAAUAUAAGCAUAAAAAUGAGCAUUAAAAAAGUAGAAAAACUCAAAAGCUCCACGCAGGCAUUUAUGAAAAACACAAUUCUGUUUCACUUUUGUAAGCAGCUGGUUUCGAAACUAAUGUAUGCAUGCAAAUUUCAGUUUGAAGCACUUUUAAUCUGACUUGAUCUUUGCCGCUAUUUCUUAG